AUGAAGCGGCGCGACACCCCGACCCCCAACAAGAAUGAACUCCACCUUCCCGGCAUAGGCUACCUGCCGAACAAGGUGCGCAACCACUUCGUCGCCAUGGUCGGCGAGUUCAUCGGCACCUUCAUGUUCCUCUUCUUCGCCUUUGCCGGCACCCAGGUCGCCAAUGCCUCGAUUGCUGCUGCUACUGCCGGCGCUCAGACGCAUCCUGACGGCAAGAUUGCGCAGACGCCUAAUUCGGCGGGCUUGCUUUAUAUUGCUUUGGCGUUUGGGUUCAGUUUGGCUGUGAAUGUGUGGAUCUUUUUUCGAAUCUCCGGAGGCCUGUUUAACCCGGCAGUCACGCUCAGCCUGGCUCUCGUCGGUGCGAUCAACUGGACUCGCGCGGGUCUGGUUUUCAUUGCAGAGAUGCUCGGCGCCAUAUGCUCUGCCGCUGUUGUGUCAGCGUUGUUUCCAGGACCACUGAAUGUUACUACCACGCUCAGCGCCGAUACAUCACUGGCCCGCGGCUUAUUCAUCGAGAUGUUCCUGACCGCCGAGCUCAUCUUCACGAUCCUUAUGCUCGCCGCCGAAAAGCAUAAAGGCACCUUCCUCGCCCCCAUCGGCAUCGGCCUCGCUCUCUUCGUCGCCGAACUGGCCGGCGUCUACUAUACCGGAGGCUCGCUCAACCCCGCCCGCUCCUUCGGCCCCUGCGUCGCCAACGCCUCCUUCCCCACCGAUCACUGGGUCUACUGGGUAGGCCCGCUCCUCGGCGCCCUCGUAGCCGUAGGCUUCUACCGCUUCGUCAAACUCCUCGAAUACGAGACCGCGAACCCCGGCGCCGACUUUAACGAAAAAGAAGCCGAAGUCUUCGAGUUCGACGAGGACAACGCCGCGCGCGCACAAGACGUCGCCCGCCCGAAUAUCGCCCUCACGCCCUCUGCUGCGGAUUCUCAGCGCGUGAUGAGUAGGGAGAGUCAGCAGAUUCCUGGGUCGGGGAGUCGGUUGGGCAGUUCGCAGAGUGGGGGGAAGCAGUUUGGGGAUCUGGCGGCGUAUUCUAAUGGGCUUGUUGCUGAGGAGGGGAGGGCGGGGCGUGAUGGUCGCGAGGUGGCGACUUCGCCUGCUCCUGCGCGGUAA